AUGACACGGCGCAUCGUACGGACGGCGCUGCAGCUGACCACAUUGAUCACCUUUACGUUCCUCGUCGUCUACAUCCUCGACAGCAAAUACCGAGUGCUUCCGAACAAGAUUCAUGGCUACAUGCCCUCGCACCACCCUGGCCUCGUCGUAACAGAUGUGACGAUUGCAAAAUGUACCUCCCUAAACCCGUUUUCUUCAUGCGAUCUCGAUACGAGUAAAUGGCACCGAAUCGAUAAGGAACUAUACCUCGGCAAAUCCUGGACCGGUAGAGCAUACCUCCACGUCGCUCGCAAGCAUGAGGAGGAACUUACCUCCGAGGACCACGUCGUGAUGGAUAUCUCCGUAGGGAGGCUAACCCCGACGUCGAAUAAGGAUGAUGAUCUAUGGGAGCAGCGCCCGGGGGGGUUGUGGAUCAAGCGCUCGGCGAGUAGGGGAUCCAGCGAUUCAAAAAAGGCUAUUACUGAUGUGGAUGUCCUUUUUGGGGAUGAUGCCACUGAGGCACGUGAAGGUUGGGCCAUCACAGGGACGCCUUUCCUACUUGGCGGUUCGCCAGUCUACAGCGUCCACCUUACCGUGAGAAGAGGCACCCCUGCGGAGAUUAAGAAGCCCAAGCCGAGAGUCAAGGAUAAUGGACGCUUUAAGAUUCUGCAGAUUGCAGAUCUACAUCUUAGCACCGGGGUUGGAGUGUGCCGCGAGCCUGUCCCAGACGGCUACAAUGGUGGGCCAUGCGAAGCUGACCCGAGGACACUGGACUUCGUGUCGAAAAUCCUCGAUGACGAGAAACCUGAUCUUGUUAUUUUGAGUGGUGACCAAGUGAACGGAGACACAGCGCCGGAUGCUCAAACGCCCAUUUUCAAGUUUGCUAGUCUGUUGAUUAAGCGCAAGAUCCCUUAUGCGGCCAUUUUUGGAAACCAUGAUGACGAGGGGACCCUCUCUCGCGAGGCUCAGAUGGCCAUUAUGGAAAAUCUCCCAUUCUCACUGUCUUUGACUGGGCCAGCCGACAUUGCAGGAGUAGGAAACUACUACAUUGAGGUGUUGGCGAAAGGCUCUUCUGACCACUCGGCCCUGACAAUCUAUCUUUUGGAUUCGCACUCUUACACUCCUGAUGAGCGUAACUACCCUGGCUAUGAUUGGAUUAAGCCGAACCAGAUCGAAUGGUUCAAGAAGACUGCAGGUGGCCUCAAAGAGAAGCACAGGGAAUAUACGCACAAACACAUGGACAUUGCCUUUGUUCACAUUCCACUGACCGAGUAUGCCGACCCUAAGCUCCCCCGACUAGGAAACUGGACCGAGGGCGUGACGGCCCCAGUAUUCAACUCUGGAUUUCGGGAUGCCCUUGUGGAAGAGGGCAUCCUCAUGGUCAGCGCUGGCCACGAUCAUUGCAAUGACUAUUGCUCUAUCUCGCUUGAAGGCGAGGAGGAAGAUCCUGCACUAUGGAUGUGCUACGGAGGCGGCGUUGGCUUUGGCGGCUACGCUGGCUACGAAGAGUACGUGCGCCGGCUGCGACUGUUCGAGAUUGAUUUCAACGAAGCUCGAAUCUUCACCUGGAAGAGGCUGGAAUAUGGCGACACCGAGUCUCGAAUUGACCACCAGAUGCUCGUCGAGAGAGGAAAGCCCCACUACGAGAAACCGAAGAGGCCACUCAUCCCAGAGGCCGGCGAGGAGGAAGACAUCGAAAGCACGUGA